GAUAAAUUAUAAUACAGGAAUAGUGAACGUUUAAUUUGUGUGAGACUUGUGUUGUAUGAAAUUGAAUUUUUUGGCGAAGAUGUCUGAAACGAAAAUCUGCAAAUUCGAGCACACCAGCGAAGAGGACGAUCUGGCGUGCGCCCUGGAAAGCGUAGGCGUCAGCAAGAGGAAGGGCAGAGGGCAAGUGCCCUCGGGUUUGACGCACGAGUGCGGAGUGUUCGGCGCUAUAGGGUGCGGUGAUUGGCCCACCUCAUUGGAAAUAUCGCAGAUCAUCUGCUGGGGAUUGGUGGCCCUGCAACACAGAGGUCAAGAAUCAGCUGGAAUAGUGACCAGCGAGGGCAGAUGCUCGAAAUCUUUCAACGUAGUGAAAGGAAUGGGCAUGAUCAGCAAUAUCUUCAACGAUGAGGCCAUCAGGCGGUUGAAGGGAAGCAUAGGAAUAGGCCACACCAGGUAUUCCACUAGUGCGGCAUCGGAAGAAGUCAACUGUCAACCGUUCGUCGUGCACACUGCCCAUGGGGCGCUAGCGGUGGCUCAUAACGGAGAAUUAGUCAACUGUGAUAGCUUAAGAAGACAGGUAUUAGAACACGGAGUGGGACUUUCCACCCAUUCGGACAGCGAACUCAUCACGCAGGCGCUGUGUCUGAAUCCGCCCGCAGGCGAACCGAACGGAGAGCCGGACUGGCCGGCGAGGAUCAAGCACUUCAUGAAUUUGGCCCCCUUGAGUUACUCCUUGGUUAUCAUGUUGAAGGACAAGAUAUACGCUGUCAGAGAUCCGUACGGCAACAGGCCGUUGUGUUUGGGAAAAAUGUUACCAAUCAAUGAACCUCUCCACGUGGACAUCGACGACAGCAGGGAGGCCGAAGGGUGGGUGGUGUCGUCCGAGUCUUGCGGGUUCUUGUCGAUCGGCGCGCAGUAUGUGCGAGAGGUGUUCCCCGGGGAGAUAAUAGAGAUGACGCGCCACGGGAUCCGGACGAUCGACAUCAUCGAGCGGCCCGAGAGCAAGAUGCAGGCCUUCUGCAUCUUCGAGUACGUGUACUUCGCUAGGGCGGACAGCAUCUUCGAGGGCCAGAUGGUGUAUUCGGUGCGCAUGCAGUGCGGCCGGCAGCUGGCCAUCGAACACCCGGUAGAGGCGGACAUCGUCAGCGCAGUGCCCGAAUCCGGCAACGCCGCCGCGCAUGGCUUCUCCAGACAGAGCGGAAUAAGGUUUUCUGAAGUCCUGUGCAAAAACAGAUACGUCGGUCGAUCGUUCAUCCAACCGAGCAACCGCCUGAGGCAGCUGAGCGUGGCGAAAAAAUUCGGCGCCCUCGCAGGCAACGUCAAGGGCAAGAAGGUCAUACUGAUAGACGACUCCAUCGUCAGAGGCAACACCAUCGGUCCCAUCAUCAAGCUGCUGAAGAACGCCGGGGCGACGGAGGUGCACGUUAGGGUAGCCAGUCCGCCCCUGCGCUACCCCUGCUACAUGGGCAUCAACAUACCGACGAGGGAGGAGCUGGUGGCCAACAAGAUGACGCCCAAAGAGUUGGCCAUCCAAGUCGGGGCCGACAGCUUGGAAUACCUGAGCCUCGAAGGUCUGAUAAAAGCGGUCAGAUCGGACAUAAAGACGAAAAACGCGCACACCAACGUGGGACAUUGCACGGCCUGCUUGUCCGGAAUUUAUCCCGGGGGAGUCCCGAACACGACUUCAGACGAUUGGUGAACCGCCGGACGAAGCGAAGGAAGAGCCAAUGCGAAACAUGGAUGGCUCGAAGCAUUAUUCGAAGGGACAACGCGUGGAACUACGGAAAUAUGAGAGUUGAUUUUUGAAUAUGAUGAUGAUACCGAUCAUUUUGGAUUUGUUUCGGAAGCGAUACAGAGUGUACAAAAACCGAGCGGAUACAGUCAUGGGCGUCAUUGGAAAAAAAGUUGAAUUUAGGGGCCAUUUGGAUACAUUUUUCUUGGUACACAUCUGAAUUUUGUGUAAAGAAACUACAGUUCUCAACACACUGAAUGGACUACUCAUAAUUUAACUCUAUUUCGAGGACCUGUAUUUUUAAAAAAAACUGAUCUUUAUGCGGUUUUUGAUAUCAGAUGUGAUAUUUCAUCGGCUUCAAAGAGAGCAAGAACACUCUGGAAAAGUCCGCAGAACAAAAAUUACAUAGGGUGUGAAGUAGAACCAUUACAUUAUGGUCUACAUUUCCAAUGCUGCCAGAACUCGAGAAAUUUUUUUCUGAUCAAAAAUCAGCCAUAUUAUGAUACACUCUGGGACCUCAUCUCGGGACGUUUUCGUGAUUUCUCCUUAAUUGGCCAUUGGAACAAAAAUUCGAUUUUUUUUCAAAAGUCUUGCAUUUCUUGAAAUUUUUCUCUAGAACUCCACUUGAGCUGACUAUUGGGAAGAACUGUUCUCAUGUUUUGUGGAGGACAAUGAAAGACGAAAGAAGCACUAUUGUGGAAUAUACAGGAUGAUAAGAAAAUAGGACAAAAUCUCAUUUCAGUAAAAAAAUCAAAAAUGGUGACUAAAACCAUGGUCCAUUCGAUUCAGUAUAUUCAGAAACGGCCUUCUCGAUAUCCAUUAUUUAUAUUAGACUAUUAACUCGAGACGUUUUCGAAAAUUCGUCUCUAAUUGAAAUACAGGAUGAAAAUUUCCAAUUCGAACUUGUUUCCUGAUAUUGAUGAUUCUUAUCAACUGAUUUCCAAUAAGUCAUGGAAACCAUCCAUUCUCAAAGUGGUCCGGUAUUUUUUCAACAGGAGAAAAACGAACUCAAAGUCGGUCGACCACAAUAUUUAAUAUCAAAAUUAUAUAUAAGCAGUGUGUUACUAUAGUUUCGGCUCUACGGCCAUCUUCAGACACAAUUGAAAAGUACCUGUUAUGUGGAGAAACAUCUUAACAAUAGAAACAUUUUUAUCAGUAAAAUCGGAUCGUUAUAAAAAUUAAUCAGUCCAGCCUCACAUUCAACAACAUUUGUAACGGCUGAAAAGCCAAAAGAACAUUCAAUAAGUAAGUUCAACAUCAAGGAAACUAAUUAAAUGUUUUUAAAGUGAGUGGUCCAUUUAGUGUGUUGAGAACUGUAUUACAAAAACUCAACUGAGAUUUACUUUGACAUGUAGUAGAAUAAAAGUAGCCAACCGACGUCUUCCAUCUAUGGUUCUAUAAGUGGUAUCAAAACCUCUAAAACCAAUACUUUUGGCAUGUGAUAGAUUUUCCGAAAUUCAAGGAUGGACUUGUCGAAUCCCUCAAAAUUCUAUUGUUGAAUGCUAUCCUUUUAGUGAAAUCGAAAAACAUGACAAGUUAUUUUAUUAUCCAUCUACGUCUUAGAGAAUCAGAAAAUCUGUAAGUGGUUCAAAUAACCAAUCGAAUGACAGUUGGUAAAAUUGUUUUUCUGAGCCUGGUCUGCACUUGUAGCAUAGUUAAAAAUGAAAAAAAAUCCUCUUCCAUAAAUGGAAGAAAUUUUUUCAGUAUUCCGAAUAUAUAUUUUGGAAAUCUAAAGCUUUCAUUCGAAUUUAUAUUCAUAUUCGUUCCUUCAUUUCGCCCAUGUUUUUUAUGUAUUCCCUAAAAUUCACAUAUAGGUCCCCAAAUGACGCCCAUGAAAAUAGUGUAUAACUACAAAUACCUGAACUUUGUUUAUCACUAGGGUUACUCAAGUUCAACAAACAGAUUUUGGUUUGAAGUUUAUCUUUACUUUUCCCUUCACGAAGUUGAUAGAUCAAACUGCAAAAAAGUGUCAUGUUUUGACGCUCUAUCAGAAUCUGUUGAAAAAUCCUGCUAAAGGUAGGGUAAGUGGGCAGAAAAAGCAGAGAUGAGUGUUGACUUCAAUUUAUGCUAU